UUUACAAGAUUUUUGGAUCGCAAAGCACAUCGAGCAUUGGUAGCAUCUAAUUACGCAACACAUAAUGGCCAUGUCGAUCAGCUCAAAGGAAAAGACAACCCUUGCAACGCCCUUGCUACACAAGCAAGUCAUACCAAACAAAGAUCCACUGGCCACAUGGAAUGUGAUCAGCAAGAGAGUGGUGUUGAAGCCCUGCAUAUAAGCAAAUGCCAACUCCAACCUCUGAGACAACAAACAACACCAUCUUCCAGACAUGCUCCACAAACUAGCCAUUCAAGCCACAGCCUUUCUUCAACACCACCAAAACCUAGCACAAUAUUGGACCUGUGUACACAACGAGUUGGUUAUAUGUUUGAAGGUGACAUUCUUGUUGUAUAUAGACCUGCCAAGUACACCAACACACAAAACAAAACUGAGAUAUUGCAUGUGGACCUGAUAGAUUGUAAAGGCCAGAUGACAGUCACAAUGAAUAUUAGCAACACAUUGGUGGACACCUUUUUGCCACGCUUGACCAUUGGAUCAGGCAUCUGCAUUUCCAACUUUACAAUUAAAAAUAAAUCACAGUACGAAAGAGGUGAUGCAGAUUGUUGCAUUGCUCUCACUGCAAAAAGCACCUUUGAAACUAUCCCAUGCAUUUGUACCGAACACAAACUAGCACCCGAUUUUACAAUCUCACAACUAAGCGAAGCUGACUGCCACUAUUCCGUUGGUUCAUUCGGAGCAAUUGGAACCAGUUACCAUUUGACCAAAACACACCUUGAAGUACAUAAAAAGGAUGGUUCUCAUCUCCACCACGUACACAGAAUUGCGCGCAACUUUGCAACAACUCUUCUCAACAGUAGAUAUGCCUUUUAUACUGUUAAAAAAUAUUGUGCGUAAUGGUCCCCAAGGAACCUGGUCAUUCCGCCCAUCGCAGUCUACUUUCAUUGAAGAGCUUAAUGACUAGUGCACAAAAGCACAUUUGGAGACAUUUUCCAAAUGUAAUAUCCAGGUUGUCGAUGUUCUCAAAGCAAAGAAUGCCUAUUUUCCACCCUAUGAAAUAUCUUGCUCAACGUGCCACCACUCCCUACCAUUUGAUUUUGCAAUUGACAUGGACUUUGUCCAUUGCACGUAUCGCACCGUCGACACACAAACCUCUUGCCACUAUAACAUACUUUGCACAUUGAAUACACAAGAAGGCAACAUCGACUGCUCCUUGCAAGGAGACAUACUUCAACAAACUUACCCAGAUAUCACAAAUAUAACAUACGAACAAUACCAAUAGGACAUCUCGCCAAUGGUCUUUAUGUUGUGCAGGCUCCAUGUCUAUGGCACUUUCACAUUAGCUGUGAACAACACCAUUAUUGAUAUUGUCAAGCAAUAGGAAUUUUGAUGUAAUUGGGUUUUAACACUGUCCAUGUUAAUGAAUAUUGCAAACUUGAAAAAAACUUCGGCCUUUAAAGAUUGUGAAUCUUAUUACUUUUUUGGGUGGCAAUGGCCCUACAAACUAUGAUAUUGUCUGACUAUCACAAACUCUGCUACUGUGUUAAUAUAAUGUGGCUUAUGCUGUGAAAAAAAUAUGAAUAUAAUGUUAUCAUCAUGUUACCAUC